AUGGAAAAGAAAUUAAGUUCUGUAGUUGAUGCUUUGAAAGACCUUUCACCAGAGCAGAAGAGACUUGCCCUCGCAAUUGGGGCAACAGCUGCUGCCUCCUCUACUGUUACAGCGGUGGUAAUGUGUCUGCUGCGUAGAGGAAAUGGAUCAGGGGAACAGCAAGUGCAUGCCGCUGCCCCAUCAGGGGAGACAAAGAAGAUGAACGGUGCGUCUUCUAAUGGUGUUGUGAAACCGAAUGACAGUACCAAAAUUUAUGAAAGUGAGAGUAGUGCUCGACAGUAUAUGGAGUUUCAUUACACACCUACACGUACGAGUUAUGCUCAACGUCUUCGGACUAUCAGUGAGAGUUUUGAUUUUCCAUUACGUGUGGCACGUAAAUUCAAGGAAUUCACUCCUCAAACCGGAAAUGAAAAUACAAUGGCACUUGACAUUGGAUGUGCCACUGGAGCCUCUGUACUGGAGAUGAGUAAGUACUUUAACAAAGUUAUUGGUCUGGACUACUCUGAGAUCUUCAUCCACCUCGCUAAGGAACUUGUGCAGGAUACUGGCAAAGCCCACCGCCAUCGUGUCACAUACACUGCCCCUGAUCAGGGCGAUAUCACUGUUGAGCGGACUACAUAUGCCCCGCACGGCACCUUCCCUGAACGCUGCGAGUUCUACUGCGGUGAUGCGAUGAAUCUCUUCGCGGAGAAAGGCGCCACACACUUAACACCACACCCGUCUGGUCACUACGAUGAUGUGAUGUGGUAUAAAGUGCCGCCCGGCGUGCAGUUCGAUGCGGUGCUUGCGGCGAAUCUUCUUUGCCGCGUGCCGGACCCCCGCCGGCUGCUGGACGCCUUUGGGCGGCUGCUGCGACCCGGCGGGGUUCUCGUGUUGGUCUCGCCGUACUCGUGGUGGGAGGGGGCGACGCCGCGGGAGCGGUGGAUUGGCGGACGCCCGGGCGGGCCGCGGUCAGAGGAUGCCGUCAAGGAGAUUCUCAGCCCCGCGUUUGAACUGCUCAGCGAGACGGAUGAGGCGUUUCUCAUUCGCGAUCACGUGCGGCGGUACCAGCUUGGAUUCUCACACUGCACCGUAUGGCGACGGCGGUAG